CCCAGUCUCACGCAGUACCACUCUGGGCGCGCGCUAGAUAAGCAAGUGCAGCUAACCACUAUUCAACUUUAGUCCCUCAACUCACUGGAGUUAGGAAAACGUUAAAACUUUUGUCGACUCAGAACAAGCAUACAAAAAUGGAUUUUAGCUACAUCAACAUCGCAGAAACCAUUGUAUGCCAGGACAGUUUCAUUGAAUGUACCGACAGUCUGAACAACCUCACCUUCACUAAUCUCGACGCGGUGGAUUCGUACAGUUAUGACAUUCCUAGUGAAAUUGAAGGAGGAAUCUUCAACGAAAUGGACGCCUUCAAGCAGCUAGAUAUUGGAAAUUGGCGUGGUGAGGACUGCCUCGACUGGGCAAUUGAAGUCUGUCGAAGUCAGGGAAUCGAUCAGAACAUCGUGAAUCUGACGGCGUUUAGACAGAUGUCUGGAAGUGAACUCAUGACCUUCUCCGCGUAUGACUUCUGCCGUUUUGACACCGUCUAUGGACCCACCUUCUACGAGGAGUUCCAGAGGCUGCUGGAGAAACGGGGACUAGCAUCGACCAGUUUUACGCCCGAGACCAGCGACGCGUUUGCCAUAGAAGAUAACACUCUCUUUUCUGAGGGCGUCUCCGACCUGUGUCACCUGUCGCCACUGGAAGCGGAUGAAGACCUCACGGAUAUUAUUCAGUACAUAGAUCAUCCUGCCUCGUCAUGGGACUCCCUCAUGCUUGAGAGCGACCGCAAGGGAUACUGUGACUCCUCCUACGUCAUGGAGGAAUGCAACAUGAUUAAAUCAGAGGAAAGCUGCAGUGAGUACUCCGACGACGGAAGCAUCGACGUCCCGUGUCCUUCCCCGGAGCCCCUUUGUGUCCCCAGCGGCGAUGUCCUUGGCAAGAUCCGCACCAAGUCGAGGAAGAGGGAACGCGGUCCUAAGAACUGGGAGUUCAUGAUUCGUCUGCUAGUGGAUAAGAAGUACAACCCAGAGCUUAUCCGGUGGGAAGACCAGACCGAGAAGACCUUCAGACUUGUCAAGCCUGUCGUCAUUGCCCAAAUGUGGGGACAGCGGGCGAACAAACCCAAUCUCUCCUACGACAACUUUGCUCGAGGGCUGAGGUAUCAAUACACGACCGGUGCUUUGAAACCCGUUCCCGAGAGACAGCUGGUGUACAAGUGUGGCCCGAAGGCCCUCAAGUUCCUGAAGGAGCUUCAGCGCGAGAGCUACUGAUGGAUCUUCAGAGGCCUCGUGGUAGAAUCCUGUUGAACCCGGCGUGACAGCCAAGCAUCAGCACCUUUUAGGGCUCACGGCAGCUUCUCGGGGUCCUUGUCCUGUGACUUGCGAGAGGCCGUUCUCACGGGCGGGUCGGAGAAAUUCACGUGACUCGCCGACGGCGCUCGAUGCGGGAGUGCUUUUCUCGCCGCAGCCGUAAGAGGGGCAAGAGAUUUCAACGCCAAAGUGUGUUGCGAUCCAGAAUAUCCUAAAAUAAAAUGCUUUGUGGGAUGCUUGCUUUAAGCAUGCAUAAACACUCGCACAUAUACGACCACUUUCGAUCACCACUCACACGGAUAUGAACGCUCGAUCACCACUCACACGGAUACGAGCGCUCGAUCCCCAUACACGCGGAUACAAACGCAGUCACCCACUCGAUCAAUCACAUACUUCAUCGUUAUCCAUAAAUUAUGUACAUACAUGCUUACAUGCAUUAGAUCUAAAACAUUUCUUGCUCUGUAUAUAUUGUUAUAGGAAGCCAAUGCUACCAAAUCCAUGUACCUGAUAAGCUAGUAAUUAAAUUAGUGAUGGUUCGCCUGUCACUAGUAAUGACUAAUCUUAAAAGA